UCUCUCUCUCUCUCUCUGGCUCACUCUUUGACUAAAAGCACCAGGUUACUUUUAGCCUUGAUUUAGUUUCUUCUGGCUUCAUGGACUGAUAACAACGUUUUGGAAAUCACGCUGAGAACAGCUCUACUUCUUAAAUUGCUCUCUUUCAAUUUUUUUCUCUUUUUCAUCCACUUUUCUUAUUUUUAUUCAUUCAGUGGUUGAAUGGCCAAGGCUGAGCAGAUGCCUGAGGCUUGUGGCCCCCUAGCAGGCGAUGAACAAGUCACCGAGGUAACAGCAUCUAGUGCUAAACUGUUUGGCUGCAGCUGUCUGCAUCGCUGGCUUCCCCUGGCUUACAGAGAGGAGCUCUACCAUGUCCUGCGCCUCACAGGGCCUCUGCUUAUCUCCAGGAUCCUAUACUUCCUUUUGCCAUUUGUCAUCACAAUAUUUUGUGGUCAUCUAGGAAAUGCUGAACUGGCUGGAUAUGCAUUGGCCUCUGCGACUGUUACUGUGACCACAACAGCAACGGGGUGUGGACUGGCCCUCACCUGCGACACACUCGUCUCUCAGACCUUUGGCAGCAAGAAUCUUAAGCGUGUAGGGGAGAUACUUCAGAGGAGUAUAAUCAUCUUAUCACUUUUCUGUCUGCCGUGUUGGGCCAUACUCAUCAAUACUGAGUCAAUACUACUCACGCUGAAGCAGGAACCAGAGGUGGCCAGGAUUGCACAGCUGUAUGUUGUGGCAUUUCUCCCUGCUGUUCCUGCUAUGUUUCUGCACAAUCUGCAAGUGUCUUAUCUGCAAAAUCAGGGGAUUAUCCUGCCCCAGAUGUACACAGCGGUUGUUGCCAACAUUUUAAAUGUAGCGACAAACUACAUCCUGCUUCAUUCACUGAACCUGGGAGUGAUUGGCUCUGCUGCAGCCAACAGCAUCUCACAGAUCUCCAUCUGCCUCCUGCUGUUUGCCUACAUACGCUGGAAAAAGCUGCACGUCAAGACAUGGGAUGGUUGGUCUACUGCAGCACUACAGGAGUGGGGCUCUUACAUGAAAUUGGCCAUACCCAGCACUCUCAUGUUAUGCUUUGAAUGGUGGGUUUGGGAGAUUGGAGGUUUCCUUGCAGGAAUGCUAGGAGAGGUGGAUCUUGCCGCCCAGCAUGUGUUACUGGAAUUGGGGUCCAUUACUUACAUGUUCCCAUUGGGUGUGCACGCAGCUGCAUGCGUUCGUGUAGGUAACGCACUGGGGGCCGGCGACACUAACAGGGCCCUGAUCACCAGUAAAGUGACUCUUAUGAUCUCAGGAAUUUUAGCUGUUUUACAGGGAAUCGUGCUGGGUUCUGCAAAGUCUGUGGUGGGCUACAUCUUCACCUCUGAUGAGACUAUAGUGGAGAUUGUCUCAUUAAAUCUUAACAUCUAUGUUUUCCUGCAGUUUUUUGAUGCUCUUGUGUGUGUGUGUUCAGGUAUUCUUCUGGGUGCUGGGAAACAGAAGAUAGCAGCAUUGUCCAACUUGAUCUGUUACUAUUGCAUUGGGUUACCGGUGGGAAUAUCACUGAUGUUUUUGGCUGAGCUCAGGAUACUUGGUUUGUGGCUUGGCCUCUUGAUUUGUGUCAUUAUUCAGACCUGUUUCUUCACUACUCUCAUCUUCAAGCUGAAUUGGAAGAAAGUGACAGAGCAGGCCCAGAAACAUGCAGGCAAACAUACAAAGGUGGUGUGUAUGCGACAGAAGCCAUCACUCGGGCAGUCUGUGGUUGAUACUGUGGUGUCUGGGGAGCAGGGCGAUGAGCAAACACCUAGCGCUGGAGCUUCUGCGUGCAUUCCUGAACCCUGGGAUGACAUAACUGGAAACAAAGUCCAGCUAUCAAGUAACAGCACUGAAGCAGCCGUCUAUGUUAAAGUAAGCACACAAGAGCAGGAUAAAGCUGUAAGUGGAGGACCAGUAAUGGCAGGUGAAACCGGAGAAGCUAAACCUAAAGUCCUGCUCUCUAUGAAGCAGCUGGUGUUGAGAAGAGGACUGACGUUGCUUACUACCGUCCUGAUACUGAUAAUAGGAGUCACUGUCCACAUAGCCUGUCCUCUUCCAGAACCUUCCCUUCAACCUCACAGAAAUCUAACAAUGGACUGGAGGAAUUUUUCCACUCCUAACACUACAGUAAGCUCACUGUAACUGCACUGUUGGUGCACUUUACCAAGACCCCUUAUCAACAAAAGUGGAACCACAAUGACUCAAUAAUGCUGCUUAUUCAUCCAAUGAGGAAAUCAGUUUGAAGUGAAUCAGUCAGCAAUAUCAAACAAUAUUUGUCAUUGUUAUUUAAAAGAAUCUUGUAUGAACUCCAUAAUUACUGCCAGAUGCAAGUCUGGUUUAUAGACUAGCAGCUAUUUAUGGAGUAAGGAGAGCAUUUAUCUAAAUGUAACUUUUGUUGGGAUACAUUCCAAUUAAAUAUAUAAUAUAAUGCACAAUCAGGUUUAGGGUUUAAUUUUUAAGCUUAAGGAGUGUUUUUUCCUAUGCUGUGAUGACAGACUUUACAUUCUGCUGACUUCCAUUAAAAAAGCAUGCAAAUGCGGCAGACCCAAGCUUGUGCAAAAGUUUUUGCACUUCAGCAUGUUUUAAAGCUCAAGUUUGGUGACCAAUACAUGAUGAUACUGUACAUCACACUGUGACAAUUGUAGAUGUCAGAAAAACUAGCAGUAUCUCACAAACCCCAUUUUGUACAAUAAUAGCAAAAGCAGCAAAAAAAAUCUAAAUCCAUGAUCUGUGAAUAAAAAACUUUCAAUAUCCGGUUGCUGGACAGUGAUCUUUUGUGUAAAAAUUUUGCAUUUUGAGUGUCUAGUGUGGAUGCAGCAUGGGCGUCAGAACCAUUAUAUGUGGU